AAGUUACGGCUCCACUCAGGAACUGCUGCAGUGUGAUCCAAUCUCGCCAUUGAGCAAUGCUGCACGCUGAUUGGCGUCAUUUGGCAUGUGGUCUGGGCAACCCCUCGUCCUGGCCCAAAGCAACCCUCAUCUGGUGAAGCCCAAUGCUCUGAGCAGACCCCCCGAGAAAAGGUGUCCUCCUUGCAAUCCCAUCUUGCGCUCUUGCCACCUCGAGAUUCCGCGACUCGUGAUCGCGUUUUGUGUCUCGUGUCUUCUUUUGCAGCUCGUCACUGCUGCUGUCGGGGAACCUCAAAGGCAGCUGCUUCAGUGCCGUAUUUCACUCUCGCCUUCCGCCCGCUUCCCAGCCUUUCCGACACCUUACCUUUCUUACGCUCGUUGAUUCCCCUUUUGCACGAUUCGCUCGUUCACCACCAGCAACCAUGAAGGCUUUAAUUCUUGUCGGCGGCUUCGGCACGCGCCUGCGCCCUCUUGUACGUCGUCCCCCAAUGCUGCCUGACGCGAACU